AUGAAGAGUAUGUUAAUAAACGUAGAUAAUAAGAAAAUAUUAAAUAAGGAAAAUAAAGAUGAUUACUAUUUGGAAACAAAUAAUGAAUUAAAGGUUAGCUUAAAUUUUCAUAAUAAUAACAUAAUUUCGAAUAUUUUCUCAAAUUUAAGUUUAUUUGAAAAAAUAAAUAACAUUUUUACUAUUGAAAAUAAAACGUAUAUGUUAAAAUAUUGUAAUAAUUUAAAUGAGGAUGAUUUUAAUAUUUCAUAUUUUCAAAAAAUAGAUGAAAAAUUUAUUCCUAUAUCACCAUGGCAUAACUUCAAUUUAAUGAAUGAAGAUGGUACAUAUAAUAUGAUUGUUGAAAUAACUAAAUAUAAUUACAUUAAAUUAGAAAUAAAAUUAACAGAAAAAUAUAAUGUUAUUAAACAAGAUAAAAAAAAAGGAAAAUUAAGAUAUUAUCAUAAUUCAAUUUACUGGAAUUAUGGUGCUUUACCACAGACCUAUGAAUACCCCAAACACAUUUAUAAUUAUAAAACAAAAGAUAAUCAACAAAUUUUCUUUACUGGAGAUGAUGAUCCAUUGGAUAUAAUAGAUAUUGGAAAGAAUAACUUAAAAAUGGGUGAAGUUGUUCCUGUUAAGAUUUUAGGAGCCUUCACUUUAAUUGAUGAGGGACAACUUGACUGGAAAAUAAUUGCAAUUAAUAAAUAUGACAAAAAUUUUGAUAAUAUUAACAGCCUAGAUGAUAUAGAAACAUAUUACCCUUACACCAUGAAUUUAUUGUUAGAGUGGUUUCGUUCUUAUAAAAUGGCAGAGUCAAAAAAAUUAAAUAUUAUAUGUAAAGAAUUAUAUAGCAAAAAAGAAAGUGAAAAUUUAAUAAAAAAAAUGCAUGAAUAUUAUUUAGAAUUUUUAAAGGAUGUAAAACUCGGUUCUAACAAAAACAAUGCAAAUUUAAAUGAACAUAGUAAUAAUGAUAAUAUAAAUACAAAUGAGUGCAAACAUAAUGAUUUUUCAAAUAAGAUACAUGACGAUUCUCUAUAUAAUAACUUAUUACAUGAUGUUCACGUUUCUUAUUAUAAAGCAAAUCCAUCUUAUAAACCAAAUGAAGACAUUUGGGUACCUUAG